AUGGAACUAGCCCGAGUCGAGGUCGAAAACAUCGAGGCACAGGUGCCCAAAGACACGGUGCACUCGCUGUUUCUGUCCUUUGGGCCCAUCGUCGAGGUCAACUUACACAAACGUCCCAGUGGCAUACAGCACGGGUCUGUGCAGUUUGAGGAAGCUGAGGACGCUGCUGCUGCUGUUGACAACAUGGGUGGUUACGAUCUGUUUGGCAAGCCAUUGAGAGUGAGGCUAGCCAAGGGAGACACGGAGCAGUUUGACAACAACAAGCCAUGUGAGUAUGGGAGCUGGAUUGACUACGAGAUGGUUGUCGUGGUUGUGGAGCCACUUGAGACAAGAGUUGUGGCACCACCAAAACUGUCCACACUAUUAGUUGGAUCAAAAUGGUGCCAUACGGCUAAUAUGAGGUGGAAUCAUGUUGGCGUGUUCAACUGCGUGUCAAAAGCGUGCCAACAGCGUGUUUUUGACGCGGUCGCAACACAUUCUAUCGAGCCGCCGCCUACAGUACAUGGGUGUUGUACAUCUUGUAAGGCAUCUCACGCAGCACUCCAUUAUCACACCACCUACGACCAUAUCUAA